CCUGGUUACCGUUGGUGUUUGCGAAUUCUCUGCUGCGCCUGUUCCGCCCUGGACUAGCCCCGCGGCGGUUUUCACACGCGCGCGCCGGCGUCACGUGGGCCUGGGCUCCCACGCGGACGCUGGCCGGCUACUGAGGCGGGAGGAAGGCGCUGCGGCUACCGCUAGUCCUUCCCUCUCCGCCCCAGGGCUGGCGCGCGGAUAAAAAUGGCGAAAUGGUGGGUAGCCGGUGGGAAACCUGACGGGAUGGGGCGCGGAGGUGGCACUGUCGUGGGAGCCUGCUGAGGUGAGCGCAGCUGACCUGGCGACCUCGGGCCGGCGCCUGACAGCAGACACGGACUCCGAGGGUCGCCGAGGGCCCCGCCGAGAGACGGAGGCAAUGGAUGAGCAGAGUGUGGAGAGCAUUGCUGAGGUUUUCCGAUGCUUCAUUUGUAUGGAGAAAUUGCGGGAUGCCCGACUGUGUCCUCACUGCUCCAAGCUUUGUUGUUUCAGCUGUAUUAGGCGCUGGCUGACAGAGCAGAGAGCUCAGUGUCCUCAUUGUCGUGCUCCACUCCAGCUACGGGAACUUGUAAAUUGUCGCUGGGCGGAAGAGGUGACACAGCAGCUUGAUACUCUCCAGCUGUGUAGUCUCACCAAACAUGAAGAAAAUGAGAAAGACAAAUGUGAAAAUCACCAUGAAAAACUUAGUGUAUUUUGCUGGACUUGUAAGAAGUGUAUCUGCCAUCAGUGUGCACUUUGGGGAGGAAUGCAUGGUGGACACACGUUUAAACCUUUGGCAGAAAUCUAUGAACAGCAUGUCACUAAAGUGAACGAAGAGGUAGCCAAACUUCGUCGACGUCUCAUGGAACUGAUCAGCUUAGUUCAAGAAGUGGAAAGAAAUGUAGAAGCGGUGAGAAAUGCGAAGGACGAGCGUGUUAGGGAAAUCAGGAACGCGGUGGAGAUGAUGAUUGCACGGCUGGACACACAGCUGAAGAACAAGCUCAUAACCCUCAUGGGUCAGAAGACGUCUCUUACUCAAGAAACAGAGCUGUUGGAAUCUUUACUUCAGGAGGUAGAACAUCAGUUGCGGUCUUGCAGUAAGAGUGAGCUGAUCUCCAAGAGCGCAGAGAUCCUAAUGAUGUUCCAGCAAGUUCACCGAAAGCCCAUGGCUUCCUUUGUUACCACACCUGUCCCACCAGACUUUACCAGUGAAUUGGUACCAUCUUAUGAUUCAGCUACUUUUGUUUUAGAGAACUUCAGCACUUUGCGGCAGAGAGCAGAUCCGGUUUACAGCCCGCCUCUUCAAGUUUCAGGACUUUGCUGGAGGUUAAAAGUUUACCCAGAUGGAAAUGGAGUUGUACGUGGCUAUUAUUUAUCUGUAUUUUUGGAACUAUCGGCUGGCUUACCUGAAACUUCCAAGUAUGAAUAUCGUGUAGAAAUGGUUCAUCAGUCCUGCAACGAUCCUACUAAAAAUAUCAUUCGAGAAUUUGCAUCUGACUUUGAAGUUGGAGAGUGCUGGGGCUACAAUAGAUUUUUCCGUUUGGACUUACUUGCAAAUGAAGGAUACUUGAACCGACAAAAUGAUACAGUGAUUUUAAGGUUUCAGGUGCGCUCACCAACAUUUUUUCAAAAAUGCCGGGAUCAGCACUGGUACAUUACUCAGUUGGAAGCUGCACAGACAGGUUAUAUUCAACAAAUAAACAAUCUUAAAGAGAGAUUGACUAUUGAACUGUCCCGAACUCAGAAAUCCAGAGAUCUGUCACCACCAGAUAAUCAUCUUAGCCCCCAAAAUGAUGAUACUCCCGAGACACGAGCUAAGAAAGCUGGGUCAUGCUCUGACAUGCUUCUGGAAGGUGGUCCUACUUCAGCUUCUGUAAGAGAGACCAAGGAAGAUGAAGAUGAGGAGGAGAAGAUUCAGAAUGAAGACUAUCAUCAUGAGCUCUCAGAUGGAGAUCUGGAUCUGGAUCUUGUCGGUGAAGAUGAAGUGAAUCACCUGGACGGCAGCAGCUCUUCUGCUAGUUCUACAGCAACAAGCAACACGGAGGAAAACGAUAUCGAUGAGGAGACCAUGUCUGGAGAGAAUGAUGUAGAAUAUAACAGCAUGGAGCUGGAGGAGGGAGAGCUCAUGGAAGACGCAGCCGCGGCGGGGCCUCCAGGCAGUAGCCACAGCUAUGUGGGUGCCAGUAGCAGAAUGUCAAGAAGAGCACAUUUAUGCUCUGCAGCUACCAGUAGCUUAUUAGACAUUGAUCCUUUAAUCCUAAUACAUUUACUGGAUCUUAAGGACCGGAGCAGUAUGGAAAAUCUGUGGGGUUUACAGCCUCGCCCAUCUGCUUCACUUUUGCAACCCACAGCAUCAUAUUCUCGAAAAGAUAAAGAUCAAAGGAAGCAGCAGGCGAUGUGGCGAGUGCCCUCUGACCUAAAGAUGCUGAAAAGGCUCAAAACACAAAUGGCUGAAGUUCGGUGUAUGAAGACUGAUGUGAAGACUACACUGGCAGAUAUAAAGGGCAGCAGUGUUGCUUCUGCAGACUUGCAGACAAACCUUUUCUGUGCUGACCAGGCAGCUCUGGCUACCUGUGGACCUGAAAACUCUGGUAGAUUGCAGGAUUUGGGCAUGGAGCUUCUGGCAAAGUCGUCAGUUGCUGGCUGUUACAUAAGAAACCCCACAAAUAAGAAGAAUUCACCCAAGUCAGCUCGGGCCAUAGCAGGCAGUCUGUCACUCCGAAGAGCUGUAGACUCUGGAGAAAACAGCCGUUCAAAGGGAGACUGUCAGGCUCUGUCUGAAGGCUCCCCAGGAAGCUCUCAGUCUGGGAGCCGACACAGCUCCCCCCGGGCUCUGACACAUGGCAUCAUUGGGGACCUUCUGCCCAAAAGUGAAGACCGACAGUGCAAAGCUUUGGAUUCUGAUGCUGUGGUGGUUGCAGUUUUCAAUGGUUUACCUACUGUUGAGAAAAGAAGGAAAAUGGUCACUCUGGGGACUAAUGUGAAAGGAGGUCGUCUGGAAGGAAUGCAAUUGGCAGAUUUGGAAAGUCAUUCUGAUGCUGGGGAGGUACAGCCCACACUACCUGAAGGAGCCUCAGCUGCCCCUGAGGAAGGAAUGAGUAGUGACAGCGAAAUUGAAUGUGACACUGAGAACGAGGAGCAGGAAGAGCACACCAGCAUGGGCGCCUUCAACGAUCCGUUCCUGGCCCAGCCUCCGGAUGAAGGUGCAGAUGUAGUCGUUUUACACAGAUUCGCAUUCCAGUUUUCCUGAUGGUGAACAAAUAGACCCUGAAAAUCUCCACUUCAACACCGAUGAAGGCAGUGGAAGGUAAUUGCCAGACAUGAGAGCCGAGCUACAAGCUACCUGGUCCCUAAAAUUUGUUGGAAGUUGGUGCUCAAAUUUGUCAGCAGUCAGAUAAUCAUACUUAUUUAGUCUCCCUCCCUCCUUCCCUCCCUCCCUCCUCCUCCCCGCCCCCCUCGUCAUGUCUACCUGAAAUAGCAAUUCUGAAACUAUUAGAAGGCACACAACUCCAGCAGGAUGCAGUGUAUAUGGGGAGAAGAUUAAAGCAGGGGAGUUCUUUCUAAUGUAACGAACUGACAGUGUAGUACUCAGUUAAUUUAGCAAAUUAGUAUAUUAACAAAGGCAGCUUGUCUCCCAUACCAGAAGGCCAGCUAAGAGCCAGAAAGUACCUAGAGGCAUUGUGUGCUCUGAUCUCGUUCAGCACUGGUGCUUCUCUGGCUUUGGCUGGCACACGGUGUAGAUGGCCAUAGUUUAGUUUCUCUUUAGGUUGUGAUUUCGUUAGGGCUUGUAUAAUAGUGAACAGGAAAAUUGCUUAUAAACAGAUUUUGCUCAGUGGACACUUUUCCUAAGUAACUGUAGCAAUGUUAGACAGAAUCCUUUCUUUUAAAUAUGAUGAUAGACCAAAUUUUGUUUUUCUCACUUGUUCAAGUGUUGGCAUACUGAUUAAUGGCACGCACCUUCUUUCAGUCAUGUGAUCUUUAUAGGUAUUUAAAACGAGUUAAGUCAUUGUGGAUUGGGUCUAUGCAGGUCACUUGGACACAUGUAAGAUCACUUAAAGUUGUUAUCUUUUCUGCUUUCUGACACAUAACCGUGGUGCAACAAAUAUUUCCGAACAAUAUCUUUCCAUUGGUUGGACAUUGAUUUCAGUGAGUGCAUUUAAAGAUUUAGGCAUCUACGUGAAGCUGUGCAAGGCUUUCUCUCAUAUUCCCAGUCAGCACAAACCCCAAUGAUUGCCAGAUUUUACCAGUGUGCUCCUGCAUCUGUGUUUGAGCUGUUGUACGUUUGUGAAAGUUACACUUCAAGUUGGCCAAGAGACUGUUGAAGAAACAUGGGUGUACCUACAUGAGAGCACUUCUCUCGCCUGCUUGUACUUAGUGACCCUUGUCUACGUCCCAUGGCUGAUGGCUUGCUGAGUGCUGUGACUCAGAGUUGACUGUUCUCUUAACAGCUUGCACUUUUUGUAAAUAAAAUUAACUUGAGAAAA